UGGCCGGAGGUUAAGGUCGCCAAAGAAGAGCACCGCCAUGAGCUGGUACUCUCGGGCCCGGAAAUUUUGAAGCGCGUUGAAGCCAAUGGCCUGGACGAACUGAUUUUCAGCCUGAAGCAGCUUAAUUUCCUUGAAAUCUCGCGCUCUGGUAUAAGCACUCUUCCCGAUGACAUUCAAAAAUUGGGCGAUUUGACGAAACUCUCCUUAAAACACAAUGCUCUGACUGAAAUUCCUGUCGGCCUGGGGAAUGUUAACAACCUGCGUUUCCUCGAUCUUUCCUUUAAUCACAUAUCAAAUCUGCCAGAAAAUAUUUUCGACAAUUUGAGCCACUUAGAGAGUCUGGCACUGGACUCCAACGAGCUUCAGUCUCUACCCCCUCUUAAGGGGCUUGUAGAAUUGCACGUACUUUCAGUUUCGAGUAACAAACUAUCGGCCCUACCGGAAACCCUCAGUGGAUGCUCUAAACUCAUGAAUGUCGACUUCUCGCGUAACGCCCUAACUAGUUUGCCAACCGACUUGAACAAACUCACCAACCUGCACCGAUUUAAUGUUUGUGAUAAUAAUCUUACCGAGAUCCCCGCGACACUGGGGGAGUGUCGCAAACUUCGAGAAUGCCUGCUAGAACGCAAUCCACUCAAAGACAAUCGUCUCAAAAAGAUGGCCUCUGAUCCGCGCUCGAGCGCUUACAGCAUUCGAGUAAUUGACCCAGAAGCCGUACGCGCCAGCCUUCGACCGCGAAUCUUUGCAUGCACCGUGGCCGGCGUCAUUUUCCGGGAUGAAACCGUCCUCAAGGACUUUCUGCGCUUCCAGGUGAAACUACACAACGAUGUGGGCGAGCAGCGUCGGGUAGCAACUCUCUGCACUCACGAUGAAGCCUUUGUCAAACUACCUCUUACCUAUUCGAUAAACCCCGUGGACUCCAUUUCGGUGAGCUUUUCUUCUCUCGGGAAAGGCCAUAAAAGUGCCUCGUCACCUUCCUUAGUUUAUUUCCAAUAA